AUGUUGGGGUCCUUCAGGCAUGGAAUUUCUGGAGGGAUUUUCCAACAAAGAGCCUUGACAAAGCCAGUGUUUAUCAACUCACUGCUUGGACAUCCCAUAUUUCAGGACUUACACAUAAAAGUUGGAGACAAAGCUGAACUUAGCAAGGCUUUUACACAAAAUGAUGUAGUUACUUUUUCUAAUUUAACAGGUGACACAAAUCCUUUGCAUUUAAAUGAAGAAUUUGCAAAGAAGUCUAGGUUUGGGAGAACUGUUGUCCACGGAGUUCUGAUCAAUGGACUUAUUUCUGCAGUUCUGGGUACCAAAAUGCCUGGUCAAGGAUGUAUAUUCCUUUCCCAGGAGAUUCGUUUUCCAGCUCCUUUGUAUGUUGGUGAAGAAGUCACAGCUGCAGCGGAAGUGAAACGACUGAAGGGUUCUGUUGCACACAUUUCUGUAUCAUGUCAGGUCAGAACAAGUGGGAAAACUGUUAUGGAAGGGAUGGUGAAAGUCAUGGUGCCAGACAGUUAGAGCUGUUCAUCAUGUGCAACUUCAGUUAAAGACCAGAACCAAUGUACACUUGGUUUUGAUUCUCUUUUUGUGUGACAUCACUUAAACCAGUAAAUUUGCAACAAAAACGUUUCAAAAUGUCUCAAAGUGCACAAACUUAACCUUACUAGAACUGCAUUAAAAUUAGAGCUUUUCCUUGU